AUGAGUUCAGGAUAUACAAGCGAGGGUGAGAAAACCGAUCAACAAGAUAAACGCUUGCAAAACUUGCCCAUAUAUCGUCCCAAGGGUCGUUCGCUUGGAGUCCUCUUUGAAGACGUCACGGUCCAUGGUGUUUCUGCUGGCGAAAAACGUGCUCAGGAUCUCUUACGAAUUUUUCAAGAUGUUUUCGUCAACUGGCCAACAGGCUUACUACGUAAAGCAAUACGCCCCGGCCGCUCCACGCAUCCCACAAGAAGAUUGAUACAAGGAGUUUCCGGUGUUCUGCCUCCUGGGGAAACGCUCCUAGUCCUUGGGCGUCCUGGUGCUGGAUGUUCGACUCUUCUUAGUAUACUCGCAAAUCAGCGUGCGCAAUUCGUAGAUGUUGAGGGUAGCGUGCAGUAUGGCGCAAUCGGGUCGGAUGAGAUGAAACCCCUUUAUGGUUCCGAGGUGGCCCUGAACAACGAGGACGAUAUUCAUUUUCCUAUAUUGAAAGUUGAAAACACCAUGCAGUUUGCACUACGUCUGCGCAGACCAAAGUCCAAUCCGAAGACAGAUGCCGAGUUUGCUGAACACUGGACUGACGAAAUCCUCGAUUCUCUUGGCAUCAAACAUACAAAAUCCACAAUUCGCCGCUCCUGCUGUCGUUGCAUGGGACAAUCCAUUGAGGGUCUUGACAGCUCAUCUGCCCUCAGCUUCCUACGUCUUCUGAAAGGCAUGUCAAGGGCUACUGGAAUGUCCAACAUUGUCACAGCUUACCAAGCCUCUGAGAAUAUCUACAGAGAAUGCUUUGAUCGCGUUCUUUUAUUGUAUGAUGGAUAUCAAAUUUAUUCGGGCCCUGCUGGCGACACUGCUAAACGUUAUUUUACCAAUCUCGGUUUCGAAUGCCCCCCCCGUCAAACGACACCAGAUUUCUUGACAGCUAUUACUUCGCCAGAUGAACGCCGUGUCAAAAUUGGGCAUAGCCCCCCGCCACCACUUGAUCCUGCUGGUCUUGCUGAUGCGUUUCGAAAGAGCUCACAUUAUCAGGAUCUUUCAAUAGAGAUUGGACAAUUUCGUGAAAAGCAUUGUGACGUGCUGAGUGCCGCGGCCUUCAAGUCCGAAGUAGCUGGAUCCAAGCACAAGUUUACUCACCCAAAGGCUCUCGCGCUUAGGUCGUUCCCUACUCAGGUCAUGGUCGCUAUGCGACGACAUUAUCAACUUGUCUGGGGAGCUCGGAGGUCGCUCGCCAUUAUUCUCGCCCUAAAUGCGGUAAACGCUCUUAUCACAGGCUCCGCGUUUUAUCAGAGAUCUCUAACAGCGACUGGAGCGUUCGAGCUCAGCGGUGCUGUCUUCUUCGCCCAGAUAUACUUCUGUCUAAAUGCUUUAGGGGAAACAGUUUCCACGGUUAGUUCACGAACAAUUCUCCAAAAGCAGCACGCACUAGGGAUGCUACAUCCGGCCGUCUCGGCAGUUGCUCUCAAUAUUGCCGAGUUGCCGGUGUGUUUUGCGCAGACGGUUCUUUUCACUCUUCCAUACUACUUUCUCAUCUUUGCAAACCCAACAGCAGCCGGAUACUGGUUUUUCGAACUGUUGAUCUUCGUUUUCUAUGCUAGUCAAUUGGCGCUUUUCCGAAUGCUGGGUGCAUGGUCUCCAAAUGUACCGGUCGCUCUCUUAUUGGGUGGUGCAGCUAUGCCGGUCGGGUUAAGUCAUUCAGGUUAUGGCCCACCGUGGCCAACACUGUUAAAAUGGGAUUCUUGGAUCCGUCGAAUCAGUCCAAGUCCAUUUUCACUGGAAGCGACAAUGGGAUUCCUUAUGAAAGAUGACACUCUUUAUUGUAGCUCUGACCAAUUAGUCCCAAAUGGAAUAGGAUACGAUAAUAUAACAAUAGCCAAUCAAGGCUGUCCCAUCUCAGGAAGUACUACAGGAUCUUCCACCGUACCAGGCUCAACGUAUCUACUCGCCCAUUUUGGUUAUCGCCCAUCUAAUGCGUGGCGAAAUUUCGGGAUCGUCUUGGUCUUCUGGGCUAUCUACACCGGGCGGAGGGGCGCAAGUCGUGUAUUCAAGCGAGGAGCUAUCAUCCCUGACGAUAUUCGAGGCGAAGAAGAAUUGCGCGAAAAAGAAUCCGAUUUAGAAUCUCAAGGAAACCCAUCUGCUAUCCAUCCUCAGGGGAAUGCCCAGAGUCUCAACGACUCUAGUAGUACUUUGUCCGCAAAUGCCGCUGGUUGUACUGAAAAUUCGAAAACCAGUUCUAGAGCGAGUUAUCCCCAUCCCUCAUUUACAUUCUCAAAUGUCUCGUAUCACGUCCAAGUCGAUGGGGAGAACCGACAGCUACUCACGGAUAUAAGCGGAUAUGUCAGGCCUGGUCAACUCACAGCUCUCAUGGGAGUAUCUGGUGCCGGGAAAACUACUCUUCUCGAUACUCUUGCUCAACGCAAAGAUACGGGUAUCGUUACAGGCGACAUGACGAUUGGAGGUCAUCCUGUUGCCAAUCUAGGAGCAAGAUUCUCUCGGGCUUGUGGGUUUUGUAUGCAGCAGGAUGUUCAUGAUUCGGGAGCUACAGUCCGCGAAGCUUUGACCUUCUCCGCGAUGAUGAGAAGGCCAUUAUCGGUAUCGAGACAAGAAAAAGAGGCGCAUGUUGAAGAGGUAAUGGACCUGCUGGGGCUUAAAUCAAUCGCCGAUGCCUUGAUCGGCGUUCCAGGAGAGGGAGGUCUGGGAGUUGAGGAACGGAAGCGAGUCACGAUAGGCGUGGAGUUAGCCGCCAAUCCUUCAAUGUUACUAUUCCUUGACGAACCAACCUCUGGACUCGAUAGUCAAGCUGCAUACUCGCUCGUUAUGUUUCUGCAACGUAUUGCAGCUUCUGGAGUACCUAUCAUCUGUACAAUUCAUCAGCCUUCCGCCGUCAUUUUCGAAAUGUUUGAUCAUGUCCUUCUUCUGACUAGGGGAGGACGCACUAUAUAUUUCGGCGAAACCGGUAGUAACUCGGGCAUUGUCGUAGAUUACUUUGCCCGCAAUGGCACUACGAUGGAUAGCACUGCCAAUCCAGCCGAGUUUAUAUUGGAUACUGUGGCUAGUUCUUCAGGAAGUGAUGAAUGGUCUAGAACAUGGAAUGAUUCACCCGAACGCCGCAAUCUACAGAUCCAAAUAGAACAUCUAAAUUCUUCGGUCAGUGGUAAUCUGGAGGACUCUACUACAGAAGAAACACUUCCAUGGAUACAUCAAUAUAUUACCCUUACGUCUCGUCAUUGGUUGACUGUAUGGCGCAAUGGAGUUUACAGUUUUAGCCGUCUUGUGAAAGCUAUAUUCAUGGGUCUUUUUAUAUCAUUCAGCUUCUAUCAAACCCCAGACACAGAGCAAGGAACCCAAAAUCGUCUCAUUGUUCUCCUUCUUCUACCAUGGGUCAUCCCCGCUUCCGCAGAUGAUAUCCAAGCAAUCUGGUAUUCCAAAUGGGCACUCUACACGGCACGCGAGCGCUCCGGCGUCGGUUAUCAUCCACUCGCUCUAUGCGCCGCUCUCAUCACAGUAGAAAUUCCACUUGCCAUAGUAAUCUACACAAUAUACUUUCUCUGCAGUUGGUUCACUAUCGGUCUAUCCGAGCCUGGAUUCGGUUACCUCCUAUUUCUAGCACUUGGUAUAUACGGACUCGGUUUUGCCUUGGCAAUCGCCGCGCUGGUCCCCAAUAGCGAAGUUGCUGGGUUUGCAAAUAGUCUUGUGUGGUGCGUCCAAACGACUUUUGGUGGAAUGGCUCUUACGUAUAGCGACAUGCCUUCAUUUUAUUCUGCGUGGCUUUUCUGGGCAGACCCGCUACGCUACUGGCUGGGAUCUGCCAUUUCGAACGGAGUUCACUCUGUUCCCGUUAUCUGUUCUGCAAACGAAAUGACAAUUGUUAAUCCACCUUCAGGACAGACGUGUGGUCAGUAUCUCGCGACCUACCUUUCAGGAACUGGAAUUGGUGGCGCAAGUAUGGGAUAUGUCUCCAAUCCUAACGCAACAGAAGACUGUAGCUAUUGUCCCUAUCAGGUGGGAGACGAUUACGCGGCUUCGUUUUCCUAUUUUUAUAGCGAGAGAGUGAGGGAUUGGGGGAUAUUUACCUUGUUUUGUUUUAGUACAUUGGCGAUUGCCUUUUUGGCUAGUUGGGGGAGGUUUUCGGAUUUGAAAGGUCUGUCGUUGAGGGGUUUGGGGUUGGGGAAGAAGACGAAAUGA